CUCAUCACAUCAUGACUAGAUCUGCACUCCUGUUUCUGGCAGCCUUUGUUGGAGCUUGUGCUCAGCUAACAGAUGCCCUAAAUUUACCAAAAUAUGAACCAUCAACAGAAGAAGCAGAGAAGACGGACACUUACACGCCCGUCCUCUGCUCACCUUUACCUGCCCCCUUAGCCCCAUCAUCCUCAGUUCACACUCUCAGACCUGCAGAUGUCUCAGCUCUUUAUGUCCUGGGAAUGCCACUUACACACAGGGAGGAAGCAUCCAGAGUGAUCAACAGAGUUGCUGAGUUGCUGUCCAUGUUUAACCCUGAAGGGGUCACUCCACAUGUGGAUCAGACCUCACUGCAGCCCAGAAGCCUGUUGGAGGAAGCAGAGACACUGUCACUACCCCUUUCACAUCAGGUAACAGAAUGGAAGUUGUUGCUGCUGUUUGUCCCAGCAGAUUCCAUGUGUGCCUGUUCCCCGAAUGUUGCUGGUGACAUUAAAGCUGCUGUGCAGGACGUGAAAGCAGCUCUACAGCUGUUACAGAGAAAGUUGCAUCACACUUUGGUUCAGGUUGUGGUCUGGGGUACAAGUCAACAGCAAGACAAGUGUGAGUGUAUGACAGAUGACAACAUUAACCAGCAACUACGAAAAGCUACUUUUCUGAAGACACUUCAGGACUCUCUGAGCAAUGUCUUGGAAGAUCCACAGUGGCAGAAUGAAAAGUCAGACUUUGCUGCUGUGCUACAGUCUACCCCGGCAAUCCUUGAACACAUCUUAGACUCUGACCUUAAUCAAGUAGCUGUUCAGCUGUGGGCGAAUAUGGUUCAACCAUCCAUGGGUCAGGCAGAGGUCACGGACAACAGCCUCAUUAGUAUUCCCUGUCCCUCCCAGGAGCGUCCUUUCCUGCGGACGCAGCAAAACUCCCCCACUAACAGAGAGUUGAACACUUCUCCACGAACAGAAACUUCAAUGGGCACUGAGAUAAAUUGCACAGAUCGCAGUCCAUCCCCCACUACACCAACCUCAGUUCAUGAACUCAGACCUGGAGAUCUCAGGGUGGUGGCAGCAGUGGGCGACUCAUUGACAGCAGCCAAUGGUGUGGGCGCAAAGACAGACAACCUUCUGUUAGUGAUUAAUGAGUACAGAGGACUGUCAUGGAGUAUUGGUGGUGAUGGAAACAUCACAACUGUGACCACACUGCCAAACAUCCUGAAGGAGUUUACCUCCAACCUGACCGGCUUCUCUGAGGGAGUAGGUAACCAGAACAGCUCAACAGCCUUCCUCAAUCAGGCUGUGGCAGGGGCCAAGGCUGGUGAUAUGGUCCAACAGGUGCGUGUCCUGGUGGACAAAAUGAAAACUGACUCGCGAAUUGAUUUCAUCAAUGACUGGAAAGUGAUCACUAUGUUUAUUGGAGGCAAUGACAUAUGUGACUUCUGCACGGACAGCGUUUUCUUCUCUCCAAGGAAUGUGGUCGUUCGUAUCCGUGAAGCUCUGGACAUCCUCCAUAGAGAAGUACCUCGUGCCAUUGUUAAUCUGGUGGAGCUGUUGGAGAUUGUUCCAUUGCGUGAGCUGCACAAUGAUAAAACUCUGGGCUGUCCCACCUGGUUUGUGAGUUUAGUUUGCCACUGCAUUCUGAAGCCUAAAGAGGGUUCCUCUGAACUGCAGAAGGUCAGAGACUUCACUGCAGCCUAUCAGCUUGGUAUGAGAGAGUUGAUCGACUCUGGACGGUACGACACGCACAACAACUUCACAGUGGUACUGCAGCCCUUCUUAAGGGAGGUUUUCCUUCCCUAUUUAGAGGAUGGUCGACCUGAUCGCUCCUACUUUUCCCCUGACUGUUUCCAUCUGAGCCAGAAAGCUCACACCCUCAUGGCUCGGGCUCUUUGGAACAACAUGUUUGAGCCAGUGGGCAACAAGACUUUCACGCAAGACUUCACGGCUGGCAUUGAGUUAAAAUGUCCCUCUGAGAGUAACCCAUUUAUUAGGACGGCCAUCAACAGCAACUACACCUUCCCAGGCCCUCCCCCUACCCCUGCUCCUGUCACAAACUGGGGAACUGACUUUUCUUGUGCCAACACAGCUCCAUCUAACUCUGUGCCCACAUCAGCUCACAGGAUACGACCAGCUGACAUCAAAGUGGUGGCUGGUCUUGGAGACUCCUUAACGGCCGGCUUUGGUGCAAAAGCAAAGAAUCUCCUACAGCUUCGCACAGAGUACAGAGGAGUGUCGUGGAGCAUCGGAGGAGACAAACAACUUGAGACUGUCACAACUCUACCAAAUAUUCUUAAGAAGUUCAAUCCUAAUAUCAGAGGAAUGUCAAAGGGGCAGGGGAAAUGGCAGAGUGGCUUCAACGUGGCUGUAUCUGGAGCUAAAAUAGCAGGCAUUCCAGGGCAGGUCAGACGCCUGAUCGACCUGAUGAAAAAUGACUCUAAGGUGGAUUUUGAGAACGACUGGAAGCUUGUGACCCUCUUCAUUGGCGGCAACGACCUGUGUCAGUACUGCAAUGACAGGGCCACUUUGUCACCUCAGAAGUACAGCCAGCACAUGAUGACAAGCUUGGAUAUGCUGUAUAAAGAGGUUCCUAGGAUGAUCGUCAAUGUUUUGGAAAUCCUUGAACUUGAAGGUCUUCGCAGGAUCAAGAGGGAUAGUCUCGGGUGCAGUGUGUUACAACAGUUCGUCUGCCCCUGCUUUUUGUUAGCAACAGAGGAUUCCCCCGAGCUGGCGGAAGUGAAACGGAUCAAUCGGGAACUACAGGUUGAGACUGAAAAGUUGGUGUACGGAGGCCGAUAUGAUGCCAGAGAGGACUUUGCUGUGGUCACGCAGCCAUUUUUCCAGAACACCGUUGUUCCUUUGAAUGCUGACGCCAGACCUGACUACACAUACUUCUCUGAGGACUGCUUCCACUUCAGUGAACGGGGUCACGCUGACAUGGCUACAGCCCUGUGGAAUAACAUGUUGGAGCCAGUGGGUAAAAAGCAGACGUACAAUGACUUCAGAAACAGCAGAGACAGCCUGAAAUGCCCCACAGAGGAGCAUCCUUACAUCUUCACAAAAGUGAACAGCUUACCCAUCACGUCCACCACGUCAGUACCCAAAACAGACAGCACAACUUCACCUACGCACCACACAACCCAGCCUCUCCUCCCUGAAUGCACCGACAAUGUGCCUGUGUGGCUCGCUGCUGUACUGGCCGUAACAGGGCUUCUGAUUGGCUGGGGUGUCACCUGGCUCCUCCUUUCCUGCAGAGCAAGGAAAAGCGAGAGGAAGAUGAUGGCUGCAGUGGAGAUGAAGGGCACUGGGUUUUAAAGUGCUGCUUACUCUAGCUUUGGACUGGACAAUUGUAAAAAUGAAAAAUAAUAUAACCACAGCAACAUAUUUAGGAAUGUGUUGUUGAUGAUAAGGGUGUUUUUCAUUGUGAGACAUGAUAAAACAGCUCUUGAACAGCAGAAAGUUUCCUCAAUGCAGAGGUUAAGAAAAAAAACUGUCUUUACUCAAGAAAAGUUAGAAACAAGUUAACAUUUCAACCUUUGAAAUGCUAUUAGGUUCAAAUAAACCUGUGUUCACAUGUUGUAGCAGGCCUUACAACUAACUUAAUAAGCAACAAAAAAUAUCAACCACAGUUCCACCAUUUUACAUUUAAUUUGCAGAUAAAACAUUAACCAACUCACAUGAACGUAUUACUAGUUUAAUGUUGUCAAGACUUUAUUAAAGCUACUGUAGGGAGUUUUCUACAAGUCACUAAAAACAAAUGGAAAUGAAUACUGAUGCAUCUAUAUGACCAACUUAAGCAAGCAGAACCAUCAACGUUAAGAUUAACUCCUUCUAUAUUGUUCAUUUUAAUGCAUGAAACUGCUGCAGCGAGGUAGGUGUUGGAUGAAGGGGUUAACAGCACACUAGUAAAACAGUCUUUUCUUUACUUGUAUGAUCCACCUCAAAGAGUCACAAUGAGUGAUACAUCUGACUGUGAAAGAAAGCAGAGAUUUUCUUUGUGGAAAAUAGCCACAACCUUCAACUUUAUAAACUAGGUCGUAAAUUUCCUCACAGGAGCUUUAAUAUGAACAUUUAUUUAAUUUGACUACUGCCAUACUUUCAGAGUUUUGAGAUAAAUACAUUGUGGAAUAGAAUACAUAACUUGCAAUAAUAACUUUUUUUAAGUACUUGAAUUAAAUUUUGUUUGUGAAAAACAUCACAAUCAUUGUUUAUGUUUAUGUGAAUCUCAACUUGUGUAGCUGUUUUGUGCAGUGCUUGGAAAUACAAUGUUAUAAACUGUUCUUUUUAAUG